AUCUGGUCAAGUGAAGGGAAGAAAGGCAUCAGUGUGACACUCGCGAAGGUGAGCAAGUCAGCUUUCCUCCUGAGGCUUUCUUCUUGAAUCGUCCCUCGACUGCAGUGGCGUCCAGCUUACAACCUGAGGAGUCUCUUUAACUACGCUGAUUAAUUCCCCGAUUUCGUGGCACAAUGAAACUGAAUCUUCUACAGACUUUUUGCCUUCUCGGCACAGUAAUGCUGUGUGGAGCACAGGAGGGCAGCACAGUAACAAGUGUUCCAGCCAGUUCAACCACUGCAGCCAUGGUCACCUCAAGUGCAGCUGCCUCCACCGCAUCUAUCGCAACCACAGCUGACAUAUCCAACAUAACCACAGCCGAUGCAUCCAAUAUGACCACGGUCGACACGUCCAGCACCACUAUUUCUGAAUCAGUUGCCCCCAGUCCAACACCUAAUAACGAUGGAGGGCUUUCAUCAGGUGCAAUAGCAGGCAUCACCAUCGGCUCUAUUGCUGGCGUGGCUCUAAUCGGUGGUGGCGUCUUUGGUGCACUCAAGUACACGAAGAGGAUCUAAGACCAGCGGUUGUAUAACAUGGAUUUAAAUGGUUAUAGAGCACCAGAUGAAACAUGUUCUAUCCUGAGAUCAGACUUAAUCCAGAUCAUGCUAAGUGGACAGAGAAAGGUUUAACUGUCUGAAAGGCCCAAGAAGAAAUAAAAUGAUAUAUGUGUAAUAUAUGUAUAUCCAAGAUUAUGGUAUCAUGGGCCAAGAGGAAGACAUAGUAAUUUCACCACUUAGCUGUUUUGAUUGUGUCACUGAAAACCAGAAAAUAAUCCUUAGCUGAUCAAUAAAUUUACAUUAUAAUAUGAAAUGCAUUUUAUAUAUUUAUAUCUUUAUUGACAGAUUCUGCUCAUCUAGUGGGUUUAAAUGUAUUUAAUUUUAUGACUGUAUCUUCAUAAUAUCCCUCACAUGUUUUAUGUUUUGCUUCAGUAUGAAGGGUAGAUUCUAUUUAACCAUAAUAAGUCUCAUUUUGUAUAGAGACAAGGGUGCAUACAUGUAAGCUUUUGUGUUCUUUUAUAAAGGAAAAAACAUCUAUGUAAGUGGAUACAUAUAUUUCUUUUUAAGCAAAGUAAUUUAACUUUAUUGAUAACAUUUUCUUAAGAUUAAUUUGGCUUUUUGCUCAGAUGCUGUGAUUUUCUAGUGAAAACCUGUGCAAUUACCAUGUAUUAAAUAAAUAACUGCCUGUUCCACCCCUUUUCUUUAUCUGCCCUUUAUAGCAUGAUACAGUAUCUAAUUAAGGAGUGGCUCGAGCCAUCUAGGUAAAAUCCAGCUGUUGAUUACGCACGUAUUUUUUCUGUAGCUGAGUUGUUUGUUCAGUUUAUGAAUUUAUGAUUUUUCCACCCAUCACGGGUUCAGCGCUUCAGUUUAUUGUUGGUAAAGACAGAGCAAAAACCAAUCACUGGAACUUGACUGAGAAACAAAUAUUUUGU